AUUUUAACCUUUGUACGUAACCUGACAUACUAUGUUCGGUUGUUUGACAAGGAGUGAGAUAAAUGUCAAAACUAGUGUGGAAUGCAGUCAAUAUUGUCAGUUGUUCUUUCAUAUGUUAGUAAAUUAAAAAUCAUCCCCAUGAUACGAAACGCUGGCUUGAUAUCAUUCACUUCCGGUGCACAUUGCUGUAAACAAAAACAGACAUGCCGCAAUUAAUUGCUUUUGCGUAAUAUUCGACACUGGAAAAGUUAUCACGGCCGUUGCAUAAUCAAACAGAAGACACUGAUCUAUUAAUCAACAGACUUGGAAGCAAAUCUAACUGACAUGUACUGAUUCCGACACCAUGUAAACAUCGGGAGUGGCCUCUGACCACCGCUAUCAGCAAUCACGAGUGCCAAAUCUUGCACCUGGCAGUGGCAGACUGCUGGUGAGAUGCAGGUAGCUGGGAGACAAUAGUGUGGAUGCACUGUCACAGAUGAGGAUGCUGCCAGCUGGAUGCUGGAGACUGGAGCAGCUGCGUCUCUUGUGUGUCUUGUGGUGCCCUAGUAUCACCAUGAAGAGAUAUUGUUCUAUAGCUGUUACACAAAUUUCUUUAGAUUCUUUAUGACAACAUUUUUAACAUAACAAAAAUCUAUCCCCAAUGGCUGAAUUAGAUCCAACUGCUUUGUCUGUUGACCCUGAAACAGCUCCACCCAUUGCCCCACACACAGGCACACAAGCCACUGCCACGCCCACAAACACACAACCAGCGACCCCACCCAUAAACACACUUUCCGUCGCCAUGCCAACAAGCACAUCAGAGUGUCAGCUGUGCAGAUGUUUUCAAGAUGAAGAUUUUUGUAAAGCCAGACAGAUGGUUAGAGAAAGGAAUAAGAAGAUAUUCGAUCCACACAAAAGAACUGUUUACAAUCUCGUCCACUUCUACCAGACUUACCUCAAUUCUAAAUCAGACGGCUUAGAUAUCCUUAAAUCUGAUUUGUGGAAAAUCCCCCUGAUCAGCCAAUCAGAAACUAGAUUACAAUUACUGGACAUACUGAGACUAUUGCUAGAGGCUGGCCUUGACGCCAAUGUCACGACCGGGUCAGAGACGCCACUUAUGGCGGCGGUACGGACUCAUGAUGAGAGUCUGAUACUGAUUCUGUUGCAGCAUGGCGCUGACCCAAACUUGUGUGAUGGUCGUGAGGAAAUGAAUGCCUUUGCCCUGUCAAUCAUUCUGAAUGAUGUGUCCACAGUUGAGCAACUGCUGCAUUAUGGGUCUAGCAUCAACGACGUCUGCUGUGGAACCAUGACACCAUUACAGCUGUCAAUGAACAAGAGCGUGCACAUCUCCAAGCUGCUGUUGCAGAGUGGUGCCGAUAUUCAACAGGUGCUGACGAUGCCGUCUGCCCAUGAGGUACAAAUCAUGGUACCCCCUCUUGUCCAGGCCGUCAGACGUGGGAAUAUUUAUCUUGUGUCUGUCCUCCUUGAGCAUGGAGAAGACGUCAACCAGACGUAUGGCGAUCACACAGAGACUCCGCUCCACCUCGCUGUGAAGAACUCGGACUACGCCAUGGUUGAGAUGCUCAUCCAGUAUGGAGCCUCCCUGAAUAAACUUAGUGGGCGGGGCCACUCAGCUCUUGGCCUGACUCUGACGUCUGGCACCACGGGGAACAACAGAAUAGCUCGGCUGUUGUUGAAGUCGGGCUGCAGUCGGAGGAGAGACACCAUCAUCUCCUUGUUCCAGAGGUUCUAUCCACCGAUAUUUGUUGCUUGUUUCAUGGGGAAUAUAGACAUUGUUGAUUUGUUGAUUGAAGAAGAUGAGGCACUCUGUGAUGCCUCUAGGGUAGUGUGUGGAGUUCAGAACUUGACACUGUCAGGAGCUUCUGUAAAGAAGCAUGUUAGUGAUGAGGAAGAGACUGAAGUUGAGAGAGCCUUUGCUACGAAACAUAUACAAACAAAAUCAAAAUUAAAACUGAGGCCCAAAUCCACCAAUGAACCUGGAUCCAUGUUGAACUGUACUGCCUCUGAUGGUUGCUCUCCAAUCGUCAUGGCCGCCCUAGGAGGUCAUCAUGACCUUGUGAAACAUCUCCUUCAUCUCGGGGCAGAUCCUCACAUCAUCUGCUGCCAUGGCAACCUGGCACAUGCUGCAGUGCUGAGUUCGUGUGCAGAGAGUAUGGACUUGCUGAAGCUGGCGGUGAGUCUGGGCUGCAACUUGAACCAGGUGAACGAGUACGGGAACACACCUCUCCAUCUCUCCGCCCGCAUCAACCUCCCCGACGUCUGCCAAUACCUGGUGGAGCAGGGGGUGCUCCUCAAUGUCCGGGACAGGUUCGGGGAGACGGCGCUGUCUGCCAGUGUCUACUUCGGCUGCGAGGACAACUCCCGCAUCCUCAUCCAGCAGGGCGCCGACCUCAACAUCGCCGACUCCAGUGGCACCACAGCCCUGUACUGGUCCAUCUUCAACUGUCGCGAGCCGACAUUGCGCCUGCUGCUCUGUGCCGGAGCAUCCUUUACCCCAGAGCAGUUCACCAAGUACCCCCGGAACCUCAAGGUCAUGAGGAACCAGCAGCUGGUGACCUUCAUCCAGGAGAGUGUGUGUCAGCCAAGGUCACUUGCUGCCCUGGCUGUGUUCCAGGUCCGUAAGGUCAUCUCUGGGGUCAUGGAGGGUCGCAGUGUCAAGGACAGUGUCUCACAGCUUCCUGUGCCAGAUAAGGUCAAGGACAGUCUCCUGCUUCUCAACAGUGUGUGACCUGUGAUAGAAUGACCUUAUCUGUCAACAGCAUGUCUCUCAAGCAGCUUCUGGAGGUUUAUUGUUUGUUUUCUGACAAAACAGAUGAAUCUUCGUUGUCUGGAAACUGUGUUUAUUUCAUAUAUAUACAGGUAUUAUUUUUGUCAGUAUUACUAUAAUUAUUGCUCUCUUUUUUUAAUUAUCAUCAUAUAAUAUUUUCAUAAACUCCUGAUGUGAUCAUUUAUGUGAUUGGUGGCACAGACUUUACCUUUUGUUCCAGUACACGCAGACAGAUAGUCGAGGCUGGGUAUUCUCAGUCAUUGACAGUAUAAUUAGUUUGUUGAAGCACCCAGGAAGUGUGCAGUGUGUAUGUCCCAGGAUCCAUCUGGGUGCUCUGACAUAUGAAUAUUUAAUCUUCUUCCAUUAUCUUGAAAUGUUAAAAAAUCAGAAUUAAGCAUUUCUCCCAGGGAUAUUGUUAUUGCUAUUAAUAAGGCUUGAGAGCUAAUAGCCUGAGACCAUGUAUAUUUGUGUAUGUGUUUGAAUUCUUCUUUAGGAAUGAUCACUAAAGAAGAUUAAAUUUCAAUAAUGUUUCAUCUUUGGAAAGGUGAUUAGGGUUGAGUUAACAUUGGCGGAUCCAAGGGGGACAACCUGUUUGAAACUUAAUAACGACCACAUUAAAGUUGCUGUUUUGCAUUGGCAGGGUGGGUGGGUGUUGGUCAGGGGCUUCGAAAUCCCCCUUUUGAAACUUCCUGGAUCCGCAUAUGGUUAACAUUAUGAUAUUAAAAAAACAGUUUUGAAUUAACACAUAACCUUAAAUAUCAAUGUUUUGAAUAACAUGUCAGUAUGCUCUUUUACAUGUGUGAAAAAGAAGCUAAAUCAGUGAUGUCUUUUGCAAUAUGCUUGCCAUAUGCACAUGGUAUGAAGUCCCAUGUAAACAGAUUUGUUUUUACAACUUGAUUGUAAAUUAUUGUAAAUGACUGUACAUUGUUAGCCACAUUACAGGAGACAAUCAGAGAUACGCUGUGUUUCACUCAGACUUGGCAUUUAUGCAGAACCAGUCUGCUGGUGAAGAAGACAAUAAAUUCCAUACCAUAA